AACAAGUAAACUGUCUUAGCAACCGGCCGUUAGACGUUAAACAGGCUUUUAAUUGUGAUUAUUUUAACAAAAGCAGGUUUAAGCGACGUUUCAGCUCCAGUUUCCUCACGUUUCUGCCUCUGUAUCAAAGGGUUAAAGGAGAAACCAGCGUCAGAGUGUGAUGGAUGAGACGGUGAGACCUCUGAGGAUUCCUCCAGAGAUCUCUGUCUACGCCGACAAACACGACGUCUUCCACCUGCUGCAGAGCAUGUUGUGCAGCCUGGUGAUGGAUCAGCCUGAAGAUCCCAUCAGUCACAUGAUCAACCUGCUUCAGAGGAGCAGCACAGACAUCCCCAGGGUCCUGGUGCUGGGCCCUCCAGCUGUGGGGAAACACACCGUGGCCAAGAGGCUGAGUGCUGAGCUCAGAGCUGUCCAUGUGAACACGGAGAGUCUCCUGCUGCACCAAUCAGAAAGCAGCAUACACACACAGCAGGAGCUUCCUGCUGAGCUGCUGGUCAGUGUAAUCCAACAGAGACUGAAGGAGGUGGACUGCUUCAACAAGGGCUGGGUGUUGGAGGGAAUCCCUCAGACUCGUCUGCAGGCUCUCAGUCUGCAGCAGGCCGGAAUCGUCCCCGAACAUGUUGUGAUGUUGCAGGCUCCUGAUGCUGUUCUGUCUCAGAGGUCUGAGGGUAAACAGGUGGACCCUCUGACAGGAGACGUGUACCAUCAGACGUUCGUCUGGCCCGAGGAUGUCGCCGUCGCUCGCCGCCUGCAGCCAGCCAGCCGCCCGUCAGAACAGCAGCACCUGGCCGCGCUGCAGCGUUACCGCCGUGAGGUCACAGGUCUGAGCUCCGCCUACCAGCACAUCCUGAAGGUCGUCAGCGCCGACCAGCCGCACGCCGACGUCUACCAGCAAGUGCUGGCUUUCAUCAAGACUCGCUGUCGCUCCAGAACUCCCAGAAUCCUCCUGCUGGGUCCUCCGGGGUCGGGGAAGAGUCACCAGGCCAGACUGCUGUCAGAGAGAUACAAGAUGGUGGACGUGUGCUGUGCUCGGCUGCUCAGGUCUGCAGCAGCUGAUGGUUCAGCUCUGGGAGAACAGAUCCAACCGUACCUGGAGGGCGGGAGGCCAGUUCCAGACUCUGUGGUGCUGCAGGUUCUGGAGGAGCGUCUGAGCCGAGCCGACUGCAGCUGCAGAGGCUGGAUCCUCCACGGCUUCCCCCGAGACCUGCAGCAGGCCCGGAGCCUGGCCCAGUCCAAGCACCAGCCCAACAGAGUGUUCUUCCUGGAGCUGACGGAUGAAGUGUGUGUAGAGAGAGUCAGUCUGAGAGCCACAGAUCCUGUGAGUGGACAGAGGUUCCACGCUGUGAGCCGACCAGCUCCGAGCUCUGAGGUUCAGAACAGGCUGAAGACCAGACCAGAGGACAGCACACACACCGUGACACACACAAUCACACAGUACAGGACUCACACUGCUGCCCUGCAGUCAGUGUAUCCAGAUGCGGCUCAUAUUGAUGCUGAUCAGGAUCCUCACUCUGUGUUCGAGGCUCUGGAGAGCAGACUUACAGCUGACUGACAAGAGGACUCACCUUGA